AUGUCUAGCGUCCCCCUCUCUGGCAAGGUCGCCGUCAUCACCGGCGGGUCCAAGGGCAUCGGUGCCGCCACGGCGACCCUCCUCGUCAGCCAGGGAGCCAAAGUCGUCAUCAACUACGGCCGCGACACCGCCGCCGCCGAGAAUCUGAUCUCCCAACUCGGCGCCGACAACGCCUACGCGGUCCAAGGCGACGCCAGCACCGUCAGCGGCGUGGAGAAACUGGUCAAAGCCAGCGUCGACAGAUUCGGCAAGAUCGACAUCCUGAUCCCGAACGCGGGCAUCCUCCCGAUGAAAGACAUCGAGUCCACCACCGAAGAAGACUACGACUACACGUUCAACCUCAACGUCAAGGGCCCGUUCUUCCUCGUGCAGAAGGCCCUGCCCUACAUGGCACGGGGCAGCUCCAUCGUGCUGAUCUCGACCACGCAAUGCUACGCCUCAACUGUCUCAAGUCCAUACACGCUGUACUGCGCCACCAAGGGCGCCAUCGAACAGCUCACGCGGCUGCUGUCCAAGGAUCUGCUCGCCAAGAAGGGCAUCCGCGUCAACGCCGUCGCGCCAGGCCCCACUGCCACCGACUUGUUCCUCGAGGGGAAGCCGCAGAAAGUGUUGGACACGAUUGCGAGCUUCCACCCGGCCAACAGGAUCGCGAAGCCCGGAGAGAUUGCCGCGUCGAUCUCGUACCUUGUUGGCGAUGGCGCCAGCUGGAUCAGUGGCCAGACCCUCAGAGUUAAUGGAGGGCUUGCGUGA